AUGUCUGCUUCGGCUUUUGCAUCGCAGCGUGUCCCCGUCGAGGACGACGUGCGCUCUCAUUCCUCUGAGGAGUCCGACAUCAGCAACGAGGAAGGAUGGGAAGAUGUUGAGCCCGAGGACGAGACCCAGCCAGUUGUCGGCCUAUUCUCCGACAAAGUCUACCCCGACGUGCUGUCCAUGUUGAAAGAGACCAAAGACAAGCACAACUUUGACCUGCGAGGAAUUCGGAAUGAGUUCGACUUGGACUUCUUGGGCACUAUCAAGCUGGUCAACUACAUCCGUUCCCAGGUCAAGCAGGGCAACAUGUCGCCCGAUGUCUCCUCCAAGGAUAAGUUUGACGACGAGCUCUACCUGAUGCCGGUCCUGGAGGAUGAUGCUCUACUGUACAGCUUGGAUGACAUUGAUGAAGAAGCCCCAGAUGCUGCAGGGGAGACGGACGCCGAGAGGCGAGUAAUUGAGCUGCAGGAGGACCUUGAGCGCCUCCAGACACAAUUUUCCGAAUAUCGAGACGCGGUCCAGAAGUCAAUGGAAGAACAACUUUCCAAGGAGGAUGAGAAGCUCAAAAUCAGCCCCAAUGCUCUUACUGCACGACGAACUACCAGCAAGAUUGAGGAGGCUGAUGCGGAUUACUUCGUUUCCUACUCAUACAAUGGCAUUCACGAGUCCAUGCUGAAAGACACUGUUCGCACUGAAGCUUACCGGGACUUCAUCUACGAGAACAAGCAUGUUUUCAAGGAUAAGGUUGUCCUGGACGUAGGUUGCGGAACCGGAAUUCUUUCCAUGUUCUGCGCCAAGGCUGGGGCUCGCAAAGUCAUCUCCGUUGACAACUCGAACAUCAUCGAUAGAGCCAAGGAGAUCAUCUAUGAGAACGGCUUCGGGGACAUCAUAACGUGCAUCCGUGGCAAGAUCGAGGAAGUUACACUGCCCGUCCCGCAAGUGGAUAUCAUCGUCUCUGAGUGGAUGGGUUACGGUCUUCUUUUUGAGGCCAUGUUCGACUCGGUAAUCUAUGCUCGGGACCGCUACCUUGCCCCCGGAGGCCUUAUGGCUCCUUCGCAUGCUACCCUCCGCAUCGCCCCAUUCGCGGACUCCGAAUUUAUUUCGUCGCACAUCACAUUCUGGAAGAGUGUCUACGGUUUCAACAUGAAGAGCAUGCUUACCGGUAUCUACGAUGAGGCGCUUGUCCGAAGUGUACCGCCGUCAUCGAUCCCCGGAGAUUCCGAUGUCUUCCUGCCUCUUCCGCUGCAUACCAUCACAGUUGAAGAACUGUCCUUCUUGAAGGAGUUCAAGGUCACUCUCAACGAAGAACUUGAUGCGCUUGAUGGUUUCGCUAUCUGGUUCGACAUCUUCUUCAUGCCUUCCAGGGACUCCCCCCUUGCGGACGAUGCACUCCCCUCUGAUAUGCAGAAGAAGGGCAUUGUUGCUUUCACCACCGGGCCUCACGGCACUGAAACACACUGGCAGCAAACCAUCUGCCUCAUCGAUCAGGAGAAGAAGAAGGCUGCUCCCCUUAAGAAAGGCCAAACGAUCACUGGUAAGGUCGGUUACCAGAAGAAGGAGGCAGGAUCCCGGUCAUUGGACAUCAGUAUUGAGUGGAAUACUGAAAAUGAGAAGGGCUCUCAGCUGUGGAGUUUGCAGUGA